UCCGCCUCUGCCACGUAUAUAAGGGCGUGAGCUGGCAAUUACCUUCGACUUCGACGUCUCGGGUUAUUACCACCGAGACCUGAGGUGGUUCCGUGGCUACGUGCCUGGGUAUGAAGCAUCUCACGGCGCUAAAAGCGUUGGUCCUCCUGGCCUGCGGAGCAUGGGCAGUCACCAUCUCCGAGAUCCAAGGGACUGCCUUCCAAUCGCCUCUAGCCGGACAAUUUGUGCACGGUCUUACUGGAGUUGUCACAGCAAAGGACAAGUAUGGCGUAUGGAUUCAGGACGACCGCACUGACGACCCCCGAGCUUCGAACGGCAUUCGCGUCUAUGGAAGCGCGGCCGUGAAGUACGCAAGCAUCGGGGAUCUCAUCUCUCUCUCUGGCCGUGUAGCAGAGUACCGCAAGACUGCCGACGACCUUUUUCUCACCGAAAUCGACUAUGUAACCGCACUCACAACCAUAUCUUCGGGACACACCGUCGAGCCCAUCAUCCUCGGAGAGGACCGUAUCCCACCAAGGAACCAGCUUUCGUCGCUUGACAUCGGCCGAGAUGGUUGGCUAUCCGUACCAAGCAACCUCACUCUUCUCGAGUCGGUGAACCCCAGUCUGCGUCCGGAUGAGUUCGGACUGGAUUUCUGGGAGAGCCUGGAGGGGCAAUUUGUGACCGUCAAAGCGCCUACGGCUGCGCAGUUCCCGGAUAGAUUCGGUUCCGUGUGGGUAUACGGCAACUGGCCAACGACUGGUAAGAAUGAACGGGGCGGCCGAACAAUUCAUUCCAAUGGACCCGACGAGGCGCCCCCAGCACAUCCGGAGGCCAUCUUCAUUGGACGUCCAAUGGAUGGCACUCGCAAUCCCAAGGCCGUCAUGGGGGCUGUGCUGAGCGAUGUCACUGGAGUAGUAGCCUACCAGUUUGGAUACUACUAUAUAUUGCCACUCACGGCUCCCGAAGUAGUCGAAUGGCCAGACUUCGACGUCCCAUCAUCCACUCUCAAUUACACCACUCACCCUUGCCAAAUUCGUAUUGGGGACUACAACGUCGAGAACAUGAAUCCGCGCUCCUACCAUAUUCCCAAGAUUGCAUCGCACAUUGCGCACCACUUGCACACGCCUGACAUCGUCUUUGUGCAAGAGAUUCAGGACGACUCCGGGGCGCGCAACGAUGGUGUCGUGUCUGCCAACCGGACCCUCCGUGCACUCGUCAACGCCAUCAAGAAGGCGAGCGGGGGCGUUGAGUACGAAUUCGUGAAUGUCGAACCGGAGGACAAUAAGGACGGCGGCCAGCCUGGAGGCAACAUCCGUGUGGCUUACUUGUACCGGCCAGAGCAGGUUUCCUUGGUCCCCGGAUCGAUCGGGAACGCGACGCUGUCUACAGUCCCACUAGUCGACUGGGAGGGAAACGUGGAACUCAGCUACAACCCCGGUCGCAUCGAACCCGAACACUCCGCAUGGGAAGAAGCACGCAAGCCACUUGCGGCAGCGUGGCAGCUGCCCUCAGGCGACCGCUUCUUCACGGUGAAUGUCCACUUCAGCUCAAAGCGCUUCAGCUCGUCCCCCCAGGGCAACGCCCGGCCGCCUGUGAAUGGCGGGUUCGAGAAGCGCACGAGCCAGGCGAACGUCACUGCGCACUUUGUCUCGUCUCUCCUCGACCUCUCACCGAACGCGUCCGUGAUAGUCGCGGGGGACAUGAACGAGUUCACGGCCGCGCGCUCCGUCCUGCGCCCGCUCGCCGCGAUCCUGAUCGACGCGAACGACGUCUGUGGCGUGCCCCUCGCGGAGCGCUAUACUUACGCGUACGACCAGCACGCACAGGAGAUCGAUCACGUCUUCGUCUCCGACGCCAUCGCGCGUCGUGGAGGGGACGUCGAGCAUGUGCAUGUCAAUACGUGGGCGCGGACCGUGGGGGAGCGCGCGAGCGACCACGACCCGACAGUGGCGCGACUAUGGGUGUGUGACGCUGAGAUAGAUGCUGCGUGGACUGCUGUGGAAUACGGUACCGAUCAUGGACAGACGGUCUUGUAAGCUAGGUCACUACGGACUCAGGAUAUGAUACCGGAGGAUCGCUUUUUGAUGCUUGUAUAUUAUACAUCGAGUUUUGGCUUGGAUCAAGCCAUGGGCGGC